AUGGCUAACCCCGGCGUCCUGUUCGUGACUAUGCAGCCCAAGCCGGGCUUGCAGAUAGAGCAGUUUCACGAGUGGUACAACAACGAGCAUGGGCCAACCAGGCUUCGUCUGCCGCGCCUGUUCACGAGUGGGCUUCGCUACCGCGCCGCAGACGGAGAGGCGCCCGAGUUCCUAGCCAUCUACGAUGUCACGUCGAUGCCCCUCCUGGAGACCGAAGUCUACAGCGUGCUCCGGGCCAACCGAUCGCCCCGCGAAGCCGAGGUCAUCGGGUGGGUCGACGUCAAGAGGUACUUCUGGGAACUGGUCUGCACCGAGCAGUCCUCCUUCUUCUUCCCCAUCGAGCAGCUGUCCGACAGCGAGACCGAGGGCAUCGUCCUGCUUACCGUGCGGCUCAGGCUCAAGGACGACGCGGAACCCAAAGCCGAGGACGAGAUCACCAGGUGGUUCGAGGGCCAGAUAGACAUGCUGUCCAGGGUCACCGGCUGGCUGCGGUCGCGCGUCUUCCGCACGUCGCACCUCGAGACGGGCGUGCCGACGUCGGUCAUCGCGCUGCACGAGUUCGCCAAGGAGAACGAGCUCGGCGACCUAGCGAGCCACGCGGCGACCCGCUCGCCUACCUGGGACGACGUCGCGGCCAAGCACGCGACGCUCGCCUCGCAGCGCCAAUACUCGCUCUUCUACGUCUUCGGCCCGGCCCCGCGCGACCUGCACAACCUGUCGCGGCUCGAGCCGGCCAAGGCCGCCUUCACCUCCGCCGACGCCAAGACCAGGACCGCGAACGAGCCGCCGUCGCCCGCCAUCGAGUCGUACGUGACGCUGCCCGACGGCCUCGUCAUCCCGUACCGGCUCGAGGGCAACCCCGACCCGCGGGCGCCGACCGUCGCCCUGUCCAACUCGCUGCUGACGUCGCUGCACAUGUGGGACCCCUUCGUGGCGACGCUGCUGGAGAAGCGGCCGCGGUACCGGAUCCUGCGGUACGACACGCGGGGGCGGCACGCGCUGGCGCCCGCGCCCGAGGCGCCCGCGACGCUCGCCGGCUUGUCGGACGACCUCGGCGCGCUGCUCGCGGCGCUGCGCAUCCCGAAGCUCGCCGCGCUCGUCGGCGUCUCGAUGGGCGGCGCGACGACGGUGCGCUUCGCCCUCGACCACCCGGACCGCGUGGCGCGCUUCGUCGCGUGCGACUUCAACGCGGCGAGCGGCGCCGCCAACACGGACGCGUGGCGCGCGCGCAUCGCGCUCGCACAGGAGCCGGCCGCGGACGGCGGCGGCCCCGCGGGCAUCGAGAGGCUCGCCGCGGAGACGGUCGGGCGGUGGUUCGACCCGGCGACGGCGCCGCGCCGCCCCGACGCCGCGCGCGAGAUGGCGGCCAUGCUCGCGGCCAACGACGUCGCCGGCUUCCGCUGGAGCUGCCAGGCGCUCUGGGACUACGACCUGCGCCCGGAGCUGGGCGGCUGCCGCGUGCCGGGCCUGCUGGUGGCCGGCGCCGGCGACCGCGACGGCAAGAUGGCCGAGGCCAUGGAGGCCUUCCGGCCGCUGCUGGGCAAGGGCGGCCGCGCCAAGCUCGCCGUCGUGCCGGACGCGGGCCACCUGCCCAUGUUCGAGCACCCGGAGGGGUUCUGGGAGGCGGUAGAGAAGUUUCUAUGA